UCCGAACAACAAUCCCCAUCACAAUCUCCAUCACUAUCCCCACCACAAUCCCCAUCAUCUCCACCACAAUCUCCAUCACAAGCCCCUUCUCAAGCUCCAUCACAAGCCCCAUCACAAGCCCCACCACAAUCCCCACCACAAUCCCCAUCACAAUCCCCACCACAAUCUCCAUCACAAUCCCCACUUCAAUCUCCAUCACAA